AUGGCCGAGACACACCCAGGUUCAUCCAGAAACAAGGCUUGGAUCAAACUUUCUUUGAGUGUGAAAAUCAUUUAUGGCGUGUGGGUCCAAGGAAUAUUCCAGCUGGCAUCCGAAUUGAAAUCAGGCAGUGAUUGGAUUGGGAUUCAUCGGGAUUUCUGUGAAUAUCUCGUCCAUUCUGAUGAUGAAUUGGUCACAGGCCUCAAACGCUUUUAUGAAUUUACCUUACUUCCAGCUGAGUCAUUCUUCCAUACCGUUCUCCAAAAUAGUAAGUUCUGUGGAAUGUUUGUAGACAACAACCUGCGAAUCACAAACUGGCGCCGCAAACUGGGCUGCAAGUGUCAGUACAAACAUAUCGUGGAUUGGUGUGGUUGUUCACCAAACGUCUUCAAGUCUUCAGAUCUUCACAGACUUAUGAAUAUGGAUGAGAAACCCAUCUUCUUUGCACGAAAGUUUGAACCUGUCGUCAAUCAGGACAUCAUAAAUAGUGUUGACACGUACUUAUUUGGUUACAGCAAUCAAGCUUAUCCUGGAUUUAACAGUUACUGGCAAAAUGACUAUCACCAUUUAGAUAAGAAAACAAAAGUUGAUGAUGCAUAUAGGACAUUUUUUUUCUUUUUUCAUUCAAAUUCAACACAACACAUUUUGGAAAAUGACCCUCAGUCUGACCAUUUUCAUGGCAUCCUCGUCAAGUAUUCAGCCGAACUGACCAGUAUGGGCAGGGUUUAUACGUUGGAAAGUCACGUCCAUCCCAAGUCCUUUUAUUAUGUUUACAACUCUGGUGAGAUCAUGGGACGUUUACAAGGAUUAGAGGUUGGGACUGACUUUGAUCCGAAGGAACUUAUUUUCCGAAAUCAUGGCCAACUUAUGGGACCCUAUAGCAACAUUGCUCUACGACACUCAUGGGGUCACGGUAAUGAAGUGGCAGUCUCUGUAGCUUGGAUUGACCCUAGCAAUGUGAUCGCAGCAUCUUUUGAUAUGAAAAUUCCUCCUGGUCUGCAUGUCAGUGCCCACAAGCCCCAAUUUAAAAAACCCUUACGACCAGGAAUUUGGACAAUUAAGGUCUUUCACAAGUGGGAGACAUUCGCUGAGGUCAAGUUUCUGGUUGUUCCAUUAACGUUCUAUCAGGAACGUCCCAUCACAGUUUCUGAAACUUAUGCCUCUCACAAUGGACCCCAAGGUCAGUAUCUUAACAAAGACUUUGAUUUCUCCGAGUUUCAGAAACUGUUGAAAAUUGAAAAUAUCACAGAAGCAGAAACCAAUGCACGCGUGAAUGGACGAAAGAUUGGUAAAGAUUUAGAGAACUGGGUUGAUUCGCUGACCAAAGAGUUUUGGCAUAUUCAGAACCACUGUGUUCUGGAAAAGCUGAUUCCAAACUGCCCUGUGCUUGAGAGAUGCCGGGAUACAGCGUGGAGUUCCAUGUCUCCAGAUACAAAAUCAGAAAUCACAAGUGUUGAUGGAAGUACAGGUUACCUGCGGUAG